GCGCAGCAGAUUUGGAUUCGCAGCUGAAACACUUUUGUCUGAGCUCUCGUCUGGGAAGCAACGCUACAAAUCUGGACUAUUUACAACCGCGAAACGAGCUACAUGCGGUGUUUGUCGUCCCUAAACCAAGCGACGGGAUUAAACGAACGAGAGUAAUAAAAUAAGCUCACGGUGCAGCCGCUGCAGACUUUGUUUUCAGAAGAGGAAGGAUGCCUUUACCGAGGGGAAAGAAACCCACAGUCACAGCUGGGAGCAGGAUACCCAAGCUGAACGCAACAGCGACUGAAAACCAGGAGGAAGGCCCACAGGUGAAAAGGUCGUCCUCCCCUCCUCACGGAGCUCCUAAGAAGAGGACCGCUUUUAUCGACAUCACCAACGCUCAUAAGGUUCAGAUCAGUCUUCCGGGGAGGAAGAAAGAACAGGCGAAGAAGACGGCAAAGAAAGCGACCUCCACCUCCGGCUCUGCAAAGAAUCAGGCCAAUUUGAAAAAGUCGUCUUCAGUGAGCUCGGAGGGAACAACCGCCGAGAAAGAGAAGACCGAUUCAGAGGAGGAGAAACCCUGCGAGGAGGACGAGGCACAGAGGGAUGCAGCAGCUCCUGUAGAGGAGCAGGUGGCUGCUGCGCCCCCUGCUGCCCGCGAAGUGCCAGCACACCUCCAGAGACAACAGAUCCCGGAGGAGUUUGACAUCGACUCUGAAAACUCUGAGGACAGUUACAUGUGUCCGGAAUACGCCAAGGACAUCUUUGACUACCUCAAACAGAGAGAGGAGAAGUUUGUCCUCUGUAACUACAUGCCCAACCAGCCCACCCUCAACCCAGAGAUGAGGGCGAUCCUGAUCGACUGGUUGGUCGAAGUUCAGGAGAACUUCGAGCUCUACCACGAGACCCUGUACCUGGCCGUCAAGAUGACAGACCACUACCUGUCCCAGACUCCCGUCCACAGGGAGAUGCUGCAGCUCGUCGGCUCCACCGCCAUGCUCAUAGCCUCCAAGUUUGAGGAGCGCAGUCCGCCGUGUGUCGACGACUUCCUGUAUAUCUGCGACGACGCGUACAAGAGGGAGGAGCUUAUCUCCAUGGAGGCCAGCAUCCUGCAGACGCUGUCCUUUGACAUCAACAUCCCCAUCCCCUAUCGGUUCCUCAGACGCUAUGCCAAGUGUGUGAGCGCUGGCAUGGACACACUGACUCUGGCUCGGUACUACUGCGAGCUGAGUCUCAUGGAGAUGGACCUGGUUCCUGAGAGGGGCUCUCUGCUGGCCUCGGCCUGCCUGCUGAUGGCGCUGGUCACCAAAGACCUGGGAGGAUGGUCUCCCAUCCUGCAGUUCCACUCCGGGUACCAGACGUCAGAUUUGGCGCCCGUGGUCAAAAGACUCUACAUGAUGCUUUUAGCUCCUCCUGAUGAGAAACUGAAAGCCAUCAGGAACAAAUACUCCCACAAGGUGUUUUUUGAAGUCGCAGCCCUGCCAUUGGUCGACAUGGAUGUCUUGGAGAAAGCCUUACUUCAGUGAGACUGGCCAGUCUUAGCUGAGUGAAAACCUGUAUAUAGUUUGUUAAUAUGUUUAAUAUUUAUACACGUAGCCUAGUCUUUUAUAUAAUAUUGAGUAAUAAAUGUUUCAUUCCCGUUUUUGAUGGAAGAGAGUUUUAAUGUGGGCAUUUAUUAAGAGUCUGCCAGUUUAUUAUGUUCGUACCAGGUUGUUAAUAAUGACUUUUAGUGUUAAAUUUGAGUACACAGUUUCUUUGGCAUUCGUUUUAUAACUUUUUAUAAGAAAAUUUUUAAAAAAUAAUUCAUUAGUAAUUUGUAAGCCCCCCCUCUGUGUGUAUAUGUAGUACAGAAUUUAAAUGGUGUGUGUUUUAAGCUAAUGAUAAGAUGGAGAAGUUGGUACAUGCUUACUUUUACUGAUGAAUUAUGCACUGGCCCACACAGGAGUUCAUAUAUUGUUUAAAUUACAGGUAUGCAUGUGUGUAUUUUCAUGUUGUACAGUGUUUAUCAUGUUAAUAUCACUAUGCUAAUUAUUUGUACAAAAGACGACCGGAUGAUGCUGUGCUAUUUUUAAAUGGCUGUCACGCAUACUCUAAAAUAAAGAUGUGUUUUUUAAGAAUGUUGAUAAAA